AUGUCAUCCUCAGCCAGAAUGCCGAGUAGACGGCUACUCACAGGGGGAGCUAUAAACCGCCUCGUGGAUCUCCUCUUGCCCGGCGGCAGCGGCAUUACCUCUGUCGCAUUCUUCGCCUACAUCGCACCCUAUCUCAUCGAAGUCGCCACAGAUGUCUUCCAACGGCAGUGCGUAUCAUCAAUUGAGAUUCAAGGACACGACGAGAUCUUUACCUAUGUUAUGAGCUGGGUUGCUCGGAACAACAAGCUAUCGCGCAAUAACCAUCGCCUUCUUGCAUCCAGCAGCACCAGCAACGAACCCUCUCACCCCAUGCGCGGUCCUCCCAGAGGGAACGAAAACAACGAGGAAGACGAUUCAGGCGAUGACAUUGAUCCUUCGGCAAGUCUAGAUGUUCUCCGAUCAAAGAUUUCGCUGUACAAUGCGCGACCACUGCAUUGGACUCCUUCUGUCGGCACACACUGGUUUUGGUACGAGAACCGUGUCGUCUCAUUCACCAGAACUGCUGCCAACGAGACACCGAUGCCUUUUGGUCUGCGGUCCGAGACUGUUGUUCUCUCUUGUCUCGGAAGAAAUCCCGACAUACUCAAGCGCAUCAUCUACAACGCCCGCAUCGAGUACCUGGAGAAGCAACGUGGACGGACAAGCAUCUUCCGUGCAGUGCAGUCUCAUGGGGAAAUGCACUGCUGGGCAAGAUCCAUGUCCAAGCCCACCCGUCCCAUGUCGACCAUUGCUCUCGAGGAGGACAAAAAGCAGAGUCUCAUCAAGGAUCUCGCUCGUUACUUGAACCCUCGCACCAAAAAGUGGUAUGCUACGCGAGGUAUUCCCUAUCGACGUGGAUAUCUCUUUUCUGGUCCGCCCGGUACCGGCAAGACUAGUUUGGCGCUCGCAGCUGCUGGACUCAUGGGCCUCAACAUCUACAUGAUCAGUCUAUCGUCUCCUACUCUUUCUGAAGACAGUCUUGCAAGCUUAUUCCAGACUCUACCUCGGACCUGUCUCGUUCUCCUCGAGGAUAUCGACGCAGCAGGUGUUGCAGCCAGUCGAGUGGAGCAGCAGAAGGCCAAGGCUGAAUCCGCUGGGAAGCCCAGAAGACCUGGCUUUGGUUUCCCCAUGAUUUCACGAGAGCCAAUCACGCUAUCUGGUUUGCUGAACGUUCUCGACGGCGUGGGUGCGCAGGAAGGUCGCGUGCUGGUCAUGACAUCCAACCACACCGAGAACAUCGACCCUGCACUUCUACGGCCCGGACGAGUAGACUACACCAUCAAAUUCGGGCUUGCUUCCUUUGAGACUAUUAAGCAGCUAUUCCAAUUGAUGUACGGAACUUCCUACGCCGAAACCGGCAUCGAACUCGACUCUGAGAAUAUUGAGGCGCUGUCUACCGAGUUUGCCCAGGUUAUCCCAGCGCACACAUUUACUCCCGCGGCAAUUCAAGGGUAUCUCCUUAUGCAUCAGGAUGGACCUGCUGAAGCUGUAGCUGAUGUUGGGGCGUGGGUUGAAGAGCAGAAGCGUCUCAAGGAAAAGGCAGAGGAGAUUGAGAAGGCAGAGGCCAAGGAGGAAGAGGAUAAGAAUGAGUCGGAGACAGACAACGAUGAGAAGGCGGAGGCUAAAAAGAAUCCAGAGGCCAAGGUCAAGGUAAAUGGAGUCAAGCUGAGCGAUCUGCUUGCAUAG